AUGGAGAAAGAAGUGGAUGGAAAUUACGCGACAGCAGUCUCCUCCUCAGAGGAGAUUGCCCAGUCACGACAAUGGUCUAGAGAGGAUGAGCACCGCGCUCGGGCAAAGGUCGACCGUUCUGUUUUGGUCUUACUCUCUCUCGGCCUGCUCGUCUUCCAGCUCGACCGAAUGAACUUGGCCAGUGCAUUGACUGGAGGGUUUGCCAAAGCCAUCAAGAUCAAUCAAAGCACUAUCAACUUGGGCAAUCAACUGAUGUUUCUGUUCAUCGUGGUGUUCGAGAUCCCGGCCAAUCUGAUUUUGCAGAAGCUCGGUCCCCGGAAAUGGAUCUCGGCGCAAGUGAUUGUCUUUGGGUUUGUCGCGACGCUCCAAGUGUUCAUUCGCGAUCGUACAGGCUUCUUGGUCUCACGGUCUUUUCUGGGGUUCGCUGAAGCAGGCUAUAUUCCUGGCGCAGCCUACACUCUUUCCACCUGGUACACAAGGAAGGAACUUGCCAAACGUGUCGCCAUCCUCUUCUUCGGGAUGUUUGGUGGCAAUGCCCUAAGCCCGAUCCUGGCAUCCGGCAUCUUGAAGUUGGACGGCAGACAAGGACUUUCAGGUUGGAAAUGGCUAUUCUUACUCGAAGGUGUCUUCACCAUGUCAAUAGGCACACUGCUGAUCUUUCUCCUUCCCGGCUCUCCUGAUCAACCAAAGCCGCUCCUCUCGGAAGGAAUUGUCCGCUUUACACCUGAAGAUCAAUCCGUCCUGCUUAAACGACUUGAAAGAGAUGACGUCCACAAACGUGGCGGGGCUCAAGGCCUUGACAUCCCCUGGCAUACAGUGAGGAAGGCGGUCCUCCACUACAAGCGUUGGCCAUCUCUUCUUUCCACUUCAGUGGUCUUCGCGACCUGGAGUCCACUCAUCACCUACACGCCAUCAAUAUACGUAUCCCUUGGAUUCGACCGAGUGGCCGCCAACGCCCUGGCGUCCGUCGGUGCAACCAUUGCCUUGGGGGUCGUUUUUUUCUUCGCUUGGCUGAGCGACCGUACUGGCCGACGCGGUCUCGCAGUCAUGCUCGCCCAGCUGGUCUACCUGGUAGCUUUGAUCAUCUAUCGCCAAGUGCAAGACGGUGUCGGCCGAUGGUCCAAAUGGGGUCUCUGGACCGUCGUCAAUUCAGUCGCGGUCGGCUACCAUCCUGUGCACGAUACAUGGGUGCAGCUCAACUGCCAUGACCCCGGGGAGAGAAGCAUUUCCAUCGCCAUGUGGGUCAUGUUUGCAAUUGGUGGCUUGAUGUAA